AAAUAGAGAAACAUUCAAGUUCUAAAUGAAUUUUGUAGUACGAGCCUGAAAUCAGCACGUGUUCAAUUUCAAUGUGACUUUAUUCGCGCAUGCGAAAUCGCGUCGCUGAGUGACUACUGGGUCUCCCUCUAGCAAUCUAUUGCUCCGAUAGCUUUGCUCUCACAAUGAGCGCGUCUGCCAAGAGUUGUUAUAUACGUAGCUUGGAAGCAACUCCAAAGAAUAUUUAUCUACCAGAUGCCACUCCAAUUUUCGUAGGACGUUCGCCAGAAACCGGCAUUACAGAUACGAAAUGCUCGCGACAACAAGUUCGUUUAUGUGCAAACUAUGCCAAGGCUAUUGUCACGGUUCAGCAAGUCGGUCCACAUGCCUGUGGAUUUAAUGGCUUCAAAACUCAAAAGGAUGUAAGAUUUGUGGCCAGACAUAACGAUCGCUUGGAGUUGCUCUAUGGCAAGCAUGCCUUUGAAAUUGAGUUUAAUCCACCACCAAGUGUGGACAAUUUUACAUUGAGAAAGAGAUCGUAUGAAUCAGAAACAGAAGAAACUGAAAACAGAGCAAAAAUGUUGAAGCUGGAUAAUCAUUCUGAUAAUUGCUCUGAAGAAUCUGAGAAUGACAGAGAAGAUGAAGAGAGAUUACCUUCAAAUACUGUACAUUCCAAACAGAAAACAUUUAGCACAUCUAGUUCUAGCAUAUCCUCUGAACAAACCAAUGAUACCUCAAGUCCAUCCGCAAAGUGGGACAGUAUUGACAAUGGAAAAUUGUUAAUUUAUACAUCAUCAUUGGUUCAAAAUCGAGCAAAAAUAGCUGCUUAUGAUAUGGAUGGUACUUUAAUUAAAACUAAAUCUGGUCUAGUAUUUCCAAAGGACUGUAACGAUUGGCAGUUAUUAUAUCCUGAUGUACCUGGUAAAUUAAAGCAGCUUCACAUGAACGAUUACAAAAUAGUCAUCUUCACGAAUCAAGCAGGCCUUAGUACCGGCAAAGUCAAGAUCAGCGAUUUCAAGCGCAAGAUUGAGAAGGUCGUACAGAAAAUUGGCGUUCCCAUUCAAGUUUUUAUCGCUGUGGGAAGGAGCAAUAUUUAUAGAAAGCCAACAAUUGGUAUGUGGGAAUUAUUGAAGAAAGAGAAAAACGGAGGUAUUGCAAUUGACAAGAAUAAUUCGUUCUACGUCGGUGACGCCGCGGGUCGGCCGAAGAAUUGGGCCCCAGGAAAAAAGAAGGAUCACUCAAGUGCGGAUCGAUUAAUGGCGUUGAACGUGGAUGUGAAAUUCGAAACACCCGAGGAACAUUUUUUGAAACACAAAACGCCACCUUAUGAAUUACCUAAGUUUAAUCCAAAAAACUUAUCGCCGACUGACGACAUAUGCAAACCAGCGAACGCGGAAUUAACAUCGAAACAGCAAGAGGUGAUACUUAUGGUCGGUAGUCCGGGAUCUGGAAAGUCGCAUUUUGCGAAGAAUUAUAUGAAAGAAUACGAAUACGUCAACAGAGAUACGUUGCGUACCUGGCAGAAAUGCAUUGCCGCGGUUCAGCAAUACUUGAAUCAAGGAAGAAGCAUGGUUAUAGAUAAUACCAAUCCCGAUCCAGCUUCGAGAAAGAGAUUUAUAGAUGAAGCGAAGAAAUGUAAUGUCCCGGUCAGAUGUUUCGUCAUGACGACGAGUGUAGAACACGCUAAACAUAAUAAUAAGUUUCGCGAGUUGACUGAUCCAAGUCACGUUCCAGUUAACGAAAUCAUCAUAAACUCUUAUAUGUAA